AUGGCGGAACACCAUCCCCCGCUCAGCUAUGAGGAUUCCGCUACCACCACCCAUCCGCAUUUCGCCAGCAGCCUGCCGCCAGAGGUAGUCUCCUGUCUGAAGAAUUCCAGAUUCCUCCACCUAGCGACGUGCCACGACCUAACCCCCUACAUCUCCCUGAUGAGCUACACCUACCUCCCCUCAACCCCAUUCACCUCGCACCCCACGAUAAUUAUGACGACAAACACUGCCUCUAGAAAAACCCUAAACCUCCUCUCAAACCCGCGUGUCUCCCUUCUGGUUCACGACUGGGUCUCCCACCGACCGCCCACCCGCUCCGUAGCCCAUCCCCAUCCUACCAUGGCGCGUGACGGCUCCCCGCCUCCCGCAGCCACCCGUUCCAGCCUAGCCUCUCUCCUCCUUAAUAUCAACACCAGUGCGUUGAGCAGCAUCAGCACGACUAUCAUUGGUGAGGCAAGAUUUGCAGAGAUAGGCUCCGAAGAGGAGAGAUGGUGUAAAGCGAGACAUUUGGAGAAUAAUACUUUUGCAUCUGAUGAUGCGCUGGAUGGGACGAGUUUUUUUGCUGCGGCGAGGGAGGGUGAGGAUGCAGAUACUGUGGUUGGAGCGACGAUGGAUGAAAGUGCGAGGGUUGUUAUCGUCGAAGUGAGGGAGGGGAGGAUUGCAGAUUGGAAGGGCGGGGUGCGGGAUUGGGCAGUUGUAGAGGACGAGGCGGUAGAACACAGAACGAUGAAUGGGCUGUGA